CAAGAUGCCCUUGUCAGUCCUGCAAGCCAGCUUCAAGAACCCAUUUCAUUAUGAUAUGAACGUUUUAGAGAUAGUGAGCUACGGUAAGAUCGGGUCCGAGGAUUUUGUUGCAGGUGCUAUUUCUUUGGUUAGCAGAAUCCCAGUGAAGGUGAUUUGGAGGGAUAUACCCAGCUCCGGUGUAUAUACGCCGCCGAAUUGUAUGUUGGGGAGGAAGGUGGAUCCCUAGUUGACACCAAGAAAAACCGGGAUUGGCGUGGACCAAAUUCAGCAGUAAAAUAAGGACAUGCGUUGUUCUGCAACUGUGUGAAAUUUAUGCAAGGAAAAAUGCAACUGUUGUACUUGGCAGACACUUGUCAUUUUCGUUGUCUUCUGAGGAAAGAAAGAAGGUCCACAAAUGGGGUUGGAAUUCUUGUGGUUGAUUCUUGCAGUUGUGUUGGGUGGGUAUGUCUUUGUAUUAGGGUUUUUGAAGAGAUUCAACGAGUGGUAUUAUGUUGGGAGGCUGGGGAAAACGCAAUACCCUCUCCCGCCUGGUGAUAUGGGGUGGCCUUACCUUGGAUGUCUCCCAACCUUCCUCAAAGCUUUCAAAUCUAAUGACCCUGAUUCCUUCAUCUACAAUCUCGUUUCCAAAUAUGGAAGGACCGGAAUCUACAAGACCUACAUGUUUGGGUGCCCAAGUAUCAUUGUUUGUAUCCCAAAGACAUGCCGGAAAGUUUUGACAGACGAUGAACGAUUCAAACUUGGUUAUCCCAAAGCCACAACGAUCCUCACAGGUCGAAGAUCAUUCCAUGGCAUUUCAAAUGCUGAGCACAAGCGCCUGCGCAGACUAACCACGUCUCCGAUCAAUGGCCACGAGGCGCUAGCCGGGUAUAUUAACCUCAUCGAGGGCAUUGUGAUAAAUUCAUUAGAGAAAUGGGCUGGCACGAAGCGGCCAAUCGAGCUGUUGACAGAGUUGAGGAAGGUUGCCUUUAAGGUCAUUACAAACAUCUUCAUCAGCACCCACAGUGAAUCUGUUAUUUCGUCAGUGGAGAACUUGUAUUCUGAUCUAAACGCGGGAAUAAAGUCUCAGGCCAUCAAUCUCCCUGGAUUUGCAUUCCAUAGAGCACUCAAGGCACGAAAGAAGUUGGUGAAGGUCUUUCAAACUGUACUAGACAAAAAGAGGGCAAUUAUAAAAAAAAAUUCCGACCGGACGGACGUGAAAAAAGAUAUGAUGGAUUUGCUUUUGGGAGUCAAAGAUGAAGAUGGUAGGCAAUUGGAGGAUGAGGAUAUCAUAGAUCUUCUGAUUGUGUUCAUGUUAGCUGGUCAUGAAAGCUCUGCCCAUGGUGCAUUGUGGGCAGUCAUCUACCUAUCACAAAAUCCUGAGUUCUUCACAAAAGCCAAGGAAGAGCAACAGGAGAUCGUGAAGAGAAGACUACAUACACAGAAAGGACUGACUCUUACAGAGAUUAGACAAAUGGAAUAUCUUUAUAAGGUAAUUGAUGAGACGUUGCGCCGAACUAGUAUCUCAUUUUCAGUAUUUAGACAGGCGAAAGAGGAUGUUAACCUCAAUGGUUAUCUUAUUCCAAAAGGAUGGAAAGUUUUGGUCUGGAACAGAGCUGUUCAUAUGGAUCCUGAAAACUAUUCAAACCCAAAAGACUUUGAUCCUUCCAGAUGGGAUAAUUUUACACCGAAAGCUGGGACCUUCCUUCCUUUUGGAGCAGGAAGUAGGUUUUGCCCUGGAAGUGAUCUAGCCAAGCUUGAGAUCGCUAUUUUCCUUCAUCAUUAUCUCCUUAACUACAUUGUGGAGCGCCUGAAUCCAGAUUGCCCGGUGAAAUGGUUACCAAUAGCAAGGCCGGUAGACAUGUGCGUUGCAAGAAUCAUAAAAGUCACCUAAUCGAUCAUUUGCAGCAGCAAGAAAGUGCAUGCAUGCAUCCGUACCCUCUAACUCGAGUUGAAAAAAGAAACUCCAUAAAAGGAGAGUGGAACAAUAUAUUAUGUCUUCGUGCUGCCCAUUAAGCCUUUGUAGUACCCAUACGUACGUGUUCUUAUUAUUAAACAAUUGUAUUGCUUAAAUUUAAUUGAAUAAAAUACUAUAUGUGUAUUAAGCUAUUGUAAAUAAA